ACCUCCAUCAUUUCAAAGGCAUCGAAUAAAAUCUUAUCAGUCUACAAAACAGAUCGAAGCUAGUUAGCUAAUUUCAGUACCUUCUUGAAGAUCAGACGAGAAGAAAAUGGCAUCUCAUGAGCAGAAUUACAGAGCUGGUGAAGCCAGGGGCCGAAGUCGGGAGAAGACGGAGGAGAUGAAGCGGUCAAUGGAGGAGAAGGCACGAGAAGCAAAAGAAAAGGCCAAUCAGACAGCUCAAGGGGCAAAGGACAAGACCUAUGAGACUACACAAGCAACCAAGGAGAAAACCCAGAGCGCAGCGGAGGCAGCCAAACAGAAGGCUUCGGAGGCAGCCGAGACCACAAAAGAAAAGGGCUCUGAGGCUGCCGGAAAGACUCGCGAGAAAACAUAUGAAACCAAGGAGAAGACCGGUGGGAUUCUUCAUCAGACAGGGGAGAAAGUGAAGCAAAUGACACAAGGUGCUACUGAUGCUGUCAAAAGUACGUUUGGCAUGGCCGGUAACGAUGAUGAUGACCCUCAGAAUCCAAACUAUUAUAAUAAAAACACUACUGAUCGUGAUGACCGUAAUAACCCUUCCUAUUAAGAACUACUGAUUUGAAUUACUACAAUGUAUGUUUGUUUUUUAUGCGUCCGUCAGUGAAAUUAUGUGUGUCUUUAAUUGUAGCACUAGCUAGUGCUGCAUGGUUGUUGUUGUUGGGCAUGUUUUUCAGGUCCAGAGUUCUACGCCCUCCUUUCAUUAGGAGAGGAGGUGUUGCACUUUUUUGCUUUUCCAGUGUGUAGAUGAACCGUGGAAGGGAUAUAUAGGAUGUAAUCUUCAUCUUUAUUAUGGAAGUAGAAUAAGAUUUAUAUUUUCCCUUC